AUGGGGAGAGCUCCAUGCUGUGACAAAGCCAAUGUGAAGAAGGGGCCAUGGUCUCCUGAAGAAGAUUUUAAACUAAAAUCAUACAUAGAUCAAUACGGCACCGGAAACAACUGGAUUGCUCUCCCACACAAAAUCGGUUUGAAGAGAUGUGGGAAGAGUUGCAGGCUGAGAUGGCUCAAUUACCUUAGGCCUAACAUCAAGCACGGCGGAUUCACCGAGGAAGAAGAUAACAUCAUUUGCAGCCUCUACAUCAGCAUUGGCACCAAGUGGUCUAUAAUCGCGGCUCAGUUGCCAGGGAGAACAGACAACGACAUCAAGAACUACUGGAACACGCGGCUAAAGAAGAAACUCCUUGGCCGCCAUAUGAGGAAGUCUAGCUCGAGCAUACCGGCCUUCGAUCUGCACAACCUGAGCAGCUCAGCCAUGGAGAGACUGCAGCUCCACAUGCAGCUGCAGUCCCUCCAAAACCCUUUCUCUCUCUACAACAAUCAGAAUCCACACUUGAAUCUCAUGAACCAAAUCGCCUCUCCUGCUCUCGGACAAGAAGAUUCGUUGAAGAUUCCGUUUCCGGGAUCUGAGAUGGUGGAGCAGAAUAUUCCUGUCUUACUCAACGAUAAAUCAUGCGGUUUUGCUGCGGAGAAUGUUAAGAGAGUUGAAGAUGAGUUGGAUUGUUUUAAGGAAAUGGGUGAUAAUCUUGCAUGGUGGUGUAACGAAUUCGAGCUCAACGGCGGUGAUUCGUCAAUCUGA